AUGACAGUAAAUGCUUACAAUCAACAAAUAGAUGAUGAGGUUCCAAAUUGGUCCUCGAGAUCAUUACCUGAAAGAGUUACGAUUACUGGGAAGACAUGUAUCCUUGAACCACUUGAUUUAGAAAAGCAUAGUAAGGAUCUUCUGGAUGCCUUCAAUUUGAUGGAAGACGAUAGGACUUGGACAUAUCAACCAUUCGGUCCAUUCACUGAUCUACAGGAGUACAAGAAUGCUUGGUCUACUUUACAAGAAGGUACUCAGGAUAUACAUUUUGCUGUUAUUGAUAUUAAUACAAAAAAACCAGUUGGUCAACUUGCUAUAAAGCAUCCAGAUCACAUAAAUGGUAUCGCUGAGGCAGGUUACGUUACAUUUUCUCCAUUGUUACAACGGACAAGGAUGUCUACAGAGGCCCACUAUCUUUUAGCUCGUUAUAUCUUUGAUACUUUAAAAUAUAGAAGAUAUCAAUGGCAAUGUUUCGUUCAUAAUGUUCCCUCUCGUGUAGCUGCAGAAAGAUUAGGUUUCCAAUUUGAAGGUACUUUAAGACAAACUGCUGUGAUCAAAGGUAGAAAUAAGUCUGCUCAUUGGUUUUCCAUUAUUGAUUCCGAAUGGGAUAUUUGUCGCGAAGCUAUGGAAAAGUGGUUGGAUGACUCGAACUUUGAUGAAGAUGGUAGACAAAAAUUUCGUCUACAAGAGAUUAGAGAGUCACUUUUGGCUUAA